CAGUUCGAGAAGAAGUUGGUUUACGGCUAUCCUUCUCGUCACUUUCUAUGAUCCUUCAUCCCCAUACGAGAGCCUAGUCAUCCAGUUCUAUUACGUGCAUUCAUAUUAUGUGCCGCGUAUUGAAGUUCAGUGAAAAUUGAAGAAAAAACAAUCAAAUCUUAUGAUGUACCAGAUCAUAGAGAAAUGAGUGCUUCACCAUGUAUUCCACGAUUAUAUUAUUUUAUUAUUAUAAAAGGGAAAUAAAAGAAAAAAUCGAAGAAAGAGAUUGAAGAAGGAAUAAGUAUCAACAAGUUGGAACAAGAUAGUGAAUAGUUGGAAGGAGAAGUAGGAAAAAAGAGGAAUAGUGUGAGAAAAAAAGGGAAGAAAAGGAAAAAAAGAAUUCAAAAUGGGGAAGCUGCAAACGUUGCUGAUGAUACUUGGUAUUAUUUGUACGUGCACUUGCGAUGGGCGCACAGAUUGCGGAAAUCACGCGCAGAUCUCGCUGUUGACCAGCAUCCAUGAUGAUCCAUCCUGCCGGAAACUGUCGGCCAAAGGUGUACUAAUGUACGAAGCUGCAAAAUUGCUUACUGAAAUUCACAACAAUAAAAGUGGCGGCUAUGACAUAGAACUGACUGUUUUCGACACAUGCGGCAGCAUAACUGGUACUUUAAAAGCGGCGAUGAAGGCUCUCGUAGGGGCAGAUACAAGUUGUUUGCAACCGCCUUACUAUUUAGGAAUUAUUGGACCAGAUACUGCAGCAAAUGCGGAAGCCGUACAUAAGAUAACUUCAGUGCUGAAAGUACCACAUAUUGUGACACGAGUAUCGAAUUCUCCGUAUCUUCAUUAUCUAAUGAAGGAAUCCGAUUCUUAUCUAGUUCAAGGAACGUUAAAAAUCAUGGAAGAAUUAAAAUGGAAAUCGUUCACAUUAGUGGUGAACGGUGAUGAGGAUGGUGAGGAUGACACUCAAAACAUUGCAAAAAAAUUAACAACGGCAGCCAUUAAAAAUGGUUUUUGUGUUUUGAUUUCUGAUGGCGAUAAAGAUGAUUUAACCACGCAUAUUGUGCAUAUUGGAACACCGGAAAAUGAAUUCUUCAGCAAACCAGUGAAUUCGACCAUUUUGAUUGUCAGCGAAGGACAUAUCGAAGAGCAUUUAAAACAUGUUAAUUCGACAAACACUAUUUUAGUUUUGGAAGAUUCCAGGAACGAAUUCCCAGGAUUAGAGACAAGGGUUGAGAAAUCAAAAUGGUGGUCCAUUAAAGAUGACAAGAAGUAUGACACGGAGGAAUUGAGGGAAGUCAAAUGGCUCGAGGACGCGAUAAAAGCGUAUACAAAAGCGUUAGAUACGCUGUGCAAAAAGAAGAAAUGCAAGAAUCAAAUAAAUCCCGUGGAUUGGAACAACGUUUUAUCAAAUGUAAUUGCGGAUUACGCAAAGGAAUCGCAAUCAAAUACCGCUUUUCUCGAUCUGUCGAUGAAAGUAAAAGCUGGAGAGCUGCAGAGCCUGGGAUCGAUCAUUAUUCUCAAGGACAAAGUAAAAUUACAUUGGGGCGAUGAGAACGAGGAAAAAGAUGGAGAGGAUGACGAUGAUGCAGAUAAUGAGGAUAAAAGUGAGAUGCCGAAAGAAUUCAAAAAGUUGAUCAGUAAGGAAAAGGGAACAAAAGUUGGGUGUGCUACAACGCCUAAAGAGAUCAAACUGUUGCAUGAGAAUGAUGAUGAGGAUGCUCAAGUUCUUGUUUCCGAAAUGGAUAACAGUGAAUGGUGGACCAUGGUCGGCACAGUGAGCGGUGUCGGUGUAGCCAUGUUCGUCGUUGGAAUUUUAGCUGUUUACGUGGUCUAUACAAAUGUUCGUGGACCAACGACACCAAAGAACGCUCGUACCGAAAGAGAUACUAGUCUGAGAAGAAUAGGCAGCGACAGAGAACCACCUAUUCGCUCUCAAAGGCAUCCCCGUAAUUUACAAAGGAGAGACAGCAACAGAAGUAUUAGAAGUACUAUUUCCGAAAAAAGCGUCUGAUAAGAUUUUUUAAUGCAAAUGAUAUCAACGACCAAAGCAACUUUAACGAACACUUAAUGAAAUUGAAUUCUUUUAGGAUUACGAUAUUAUUUGAUUUAGUCAUAUCAACUAUAAAUUGUUUCGGGUUGAUUCGAAUUGAUUUUAAUUAUUUUAAUUAGAAAAAGAUGAAUAACUAUAUCAGUAUAUAGUUGAUAGUAUCA